AAGGGAAGAGAGAAGAAAUUGUUUCAUAGGAAAUUCUCCUCUGUUGUUCGGUAGUAACGGAUACGUUAUAUGGAUUACAUAAUUAGAUUACAAAAAUCAAGAGUCUACUAAUAGAAUAUGUGCGUUUUAUAAGAGCUGUCCACGCCGGAGCUUCGUGUGAAGAUGGAGCGGUCUCGUUCAGCAUUUGACCACUGGAUGCACAAACACCACUUCACGUUCAGGGACACAAGAGGGAGAAACAUUACUGUUCAGUGCAACCUCUGCCUCCCAAAGAUCAACAUCUUAUCCACUGCAAGGGACUCGACGUCUAAUCUAAAGAAGCAUUUGGAGUGUCACUCACCUUGCCAGAUGCGCAAACGCCAGCACACCGAAAUAUCGGAGCCUGAGCCUCUUUUUCUCCCACCUAAGCGGCUAAGGUCUGCUGUAUGGGAGUAUUUUGGGUAUUUAAAAGACCCAGGAGGCACCAUCAAUGUUGAUGGUUAUCCAGUUUGUAGAUUGUGUCGGAAAAAAGUGUCGGCUCGGGCAAGCAACACCUCAAACAUGGCGCACCAUCUCCGUGACCACCAUCCCAAGGAAUUUGCAAAGAUGAAUAGAAAGCAUUCUGUGGUGUGUAGGAGAAAAAUAAGAGAUACACCAAGCAGUGAAGCACCAAGCAGUGAUGGACCAAGCAGUUAUGGACCAAGCAUUUUGGAAAAUCAAACAGCAGAACUGUCUGAAGCAAAAGAAGCUAAGAUUGAUCCCACAAUUUAUUAUCAGACAUCCCAAUCAAGGCUAAAUACCCUGGUUUUCAAUUUCAUCGUGGAGGAUGUGCAACCUAUUUCAAUUCUAGAGCAACCUGGUUUCAGGAGGUUGAUCGAAGUUUUAAGCAGGGGCAAAAAAGUCAUGAGUCAAAAUGCUUUUAUCACUAAACUUGAAGUAGCAUUCAAUAAAAUGAAAGGGGAGCUAAAAGUGAAACUCGACAAAGUGAAGACAUUAUGUACAACUGCUGAUGUAUGGUCUGUGCAGGACAGAAGUUAUUUUGGAAUGACUUGUCACUGGCUUGAGGACAAUCUAGAAAGGAAGUCUGCUGCUCUUGCCUGCACAAGAAUCCCCAUCAGCUAUACUUGUGAAACCAUCAUCGCUAAAAUUCAAGAAAUUCAUUCUUCCUAUAACAUCGAGAGCAAAGUUCAGGCCACCGUCACUGACAAUGGUAACAAUUUCGUUAAAGCCUUCAAAGAAUUCUCUUCUGAGGAUGACCAAGAUGUGGAGCAAAGUCAUUUUGAGGAUUUGGGCAGUAUUCUUUGUGAUGGAGAAAUGGGUGGAGACUUCUUUCUGAGUUAUUUCUUGCCACCCCACCAACGGUGUGCUUCUCAAACACUGAACUUGAUUGCCUCAAAGGAUCUAGCAGAUGCCGUCUCAAAGGGACAGGCAGGUAAACUGCACAGCAGUGCAACUGAAAAAUGUGCAGCAAUAUGGCACAAGGUCCAAACUUCCACUGAAGCUGCUGAUGCACUGGAAUCCAUUGCAAAAAUGAAAUUCACAGUUCCUUGUCUGAAUCAGUGGAGCUCAGAAUACUAUGCCAUUAACAAGCUGAUGUCACUUACUGAUUCACAGCUCAACGAAUUGACCGAAGUCUUGGGUGUUCCACGUUUUACACCUGAUGAAACUGCGUAUCUCACAGAAUAUAAUGACGUCUUCAAACCAGUGGCUUUUGCGCUGGACCUUCUACAUGGAGAAGAAAAGUGCUUCCUUGGCAUUGUGAUACCAACUUUGUUGACCCUUAAAAGGAAGCUUGAGGAGAAGGCGGCAAACACCCGCCUUUUCUCGAAGGUCAUUGACAGCACUGUUAAGGCAAUUGACUCUCGCUUCAAGCAGGUGUUUGACAGUUCUGAUGCCAGAUUGGCCACAGCCACCAUGCCACAGUUUCGACUUUGGUGGUUACCAGAAGAUGAGAGGGAGAGUCUUCGAGCACAGUUGAUCACUGAAGUUUUACAGGUCGACCAAGGGACCGAAGAAACCGAGACCAAUGGAGGCUCUGUUCAUGAGGAAGAAUUCUUUUCAUAUGGACCUGGAAGUUCUGGCAACAAAGGUGGAAAGAGGGAAGCAGCGGAAGAGGUGUGGCUGUAUCUUCAGGGCACAAACAAAGAUCUGAAAUGCUUAAAUGAAUUUCCAGGAGUGAAAAAAGUGUUCAUCAAGUUCAAUACAACUCUACCCUCAAGUGUCCCAGUACAACAGCUCUUCACCAAUGGGAGCAAUAUUGUGACCCCAAAAGGACAUCACCUCUCAGAUGAACAUUUUGAGCGUGUACUCCUUUUACGUUACAACAGCAAAAUCACCACUGCUUUGGAAUAAUUCAUGGAGGAACACUGCUGAUGUUUAUUGUAAAUAGAUUCUUUUUAUUUUUUGUAUAGUUAAUAGGAUAUAUGUUCCGUCUCUUUUAACCCCCCCCCCCCCCCCCCAAAUAUUACAAAGUUUUUCCACAUAAAAGCAUGUGCCACCAAAAACCUUUGGUCAUUGUUUAUUACUUAGUAAACAUGCCAACAAAAAUAAAUUUGUUACUUUUAAAGUUUAGACUAGUGGUUCUAGAACUCUUCAUACAACAUGUUAGUAAUAGAAUAAUCUAAAUGUAUAAAGAUUAGUUCGUACUCUAAAUUAUGAUUUGAUGUUAAGAGCUGUUGUUCAAUGCUUUAAAAAAUGCAUAACUGUUAUCAUGUUAAAGCACCAGGGGCCCGUUUCAGAAAGGAGGUUAAGUGAAAACUCUGAGUAUGUUAACGCUGAAAUGAGGGAAACUCUGGGUUUUCCGUUUCAAAAUGGGAGGUUUGUCAAACCUGAGAAAGCAGGGUAAAUCAAACCUGUUUCUGAAAGAGAGGCAACUUAUACUCAGAGGAUGCAUUGAUGACACACACACACACACACACAUAUAGAUUACUGUAUGAAAUGGAAGGAUGGCAGAUGGAGGGGUAGUACAAGAUAUAUUCCGUAACCACCACCACAGCUGUUAAAUAAAGACAAAUUAUUUACAGUUUAUUAGGUCAUCUUUAUUUUCUACAAAUACAAAAGCAACAGUUAUUCUUUUUCCUUUUGAAUUUUAAAAUUCUUCUACUUGACCAUCUCCUCUUUAUCUGUCAGUGCUGGUGCAGGUUCUCCCCCCAUUUUGCGAGCCUCUGCCUUCUUGCUGUCGACUGAGUACAAGUCAGUUGCUAAUUUCAUUACUCUAAUUAAGAAAUGUAACAGGUUGGAUUAGGGAAUAUUUCAUUAGCCAAUGUGGAAAAACAUGCUGCGCAUUGCAACAGACACUCAAUGAUAUUUAAUAUGUCAAAUGUUUGUAACGUCAUGUAGCCUACACCCAUGAAACUUCUAUGCUUAAUGUUUUACCAUGAUUGAAUUUUUUUUUUUUUUAAGAAUUAAUUUUUAGAUGCUGCUACGUUCUUUUUUUUCUUUUUGAAAAUGAAUAUUAGUUAAUAUUUUUUAAUAAUUUACAGUUUUCACCUCUGAUAUUAUAACAGUGAUUUAAUUAAAGUUAUUUAUUGACUCAUAUACAUAUUGAAGUAUGCAGACUCUUUUUGUCGGCGCUGUUGCCAUGGUGAAUCAUAAUUUCAGAGCUCCAUUGAUCAUGACUUCUCAUAGUGGUGGUGCAUGCACGAAACUCAGUCAGCCUAUUGUGAACUAACACAAUUUAGCUGUUCUGAAACCGAAAACUCAGAGUAAGUCAACUCAAGAGUUUAGGUUUAGACUCAGAGUUGGUUGAACCUCCUUAUUGAAACAGGCUCCAGGUUGCUUAAUUGCUUAGCAGCCAUAAACAAACUAUAUCACAUGGUGGAAUAAUUGUCCAUUCUGAUUCUUGUUACUAAUAAAUGUAUUUUUUGAAAAUUGA